AGAGGAGAGCAGAGAAGAAGGGGAGCAACGAGGAAGAAACAACAUGGAAUGAGAGAGAGCAACAGUUGUGGAGAAUAAGAACUGGAAAAAAUAUGAAAGUGAUAAAGAAUUGGGAUCAGCCUUAUGAUUUGAGGGGUGCUAGACAAAAGUGGGACUCGUAAAUUCCUGUAAAAGAGGUUGAGAGAGGGACUAUUGAGUUGCCUCUCUGUCUGGUCCUGCAACUGUAGAGGGAGACAGGGUCAUCCCUUGCUUUGCAGAGGUUGCAUAGGACGCAGAGUGUGUAAAAGAGUGGGUUGCCAAUUGACCACUUGCUUUGCUUGCACCAGAUCAUCCCCCACAUCAUUCCAAAAGAUGGCAAGGUUUGAAUCCCCGUGGAUAAGGCUGCAGGUCCUGCUAUCAACCCUGGCAAAUCCCCAAGGAUCCAAAGGAACUCGGGCAUCUCAAAUUGGCAACCUCCAAAAUGCAUCUAAAAAUCAAUUGACAAUUCUGUAAAUUUUAAAAUUAAUUAUGAUUAUAAAACCUAGUAAAAUAGAAAGAGCACCCACAAAUUGGUGCCAUUUCCCCCCAAAAGAGGUCUUUAUCCUCUCUUUAUCUUACUUUCCACAUCCGUAAAUUUGGGAUAUUUAACUGUUUCUCAAGGGUGUUAUGAGGCUUAAUUAAUUAAAAUGUGACCUUCUCAGCUGAGUGUGAUUACAGACAGUAAAGUCACAUUGUUAUUUGAAAUCACCCUUUUCUUUUUACGAAUACAGACUAACACGGCUGUUACUCUGAAACCUUUUCAUGGCAUUUUCAAGGGAGAGGUCAACUAAAACAAUGAGUAACCUGUGACUGGCUCUGUUGAGCUUUGAGGGUUUUUUUUUUUUUUUUUUUAAAUAUUAUUUAUUUUCUUAAAAGACAGCUCACUUCCUAGCUCAUUAGGACCCAAGCACUCAGUUCUUUUCUAAUCAUUCAUUAACAUGAAUAAUAGAGUAUGUCAGGGAGAGUAGCUUAGAAAAGGCUUUUUAUGUUUACAUAGUACAUGCCAACUGAUGCAGUAGGAAAUGUUGCUUCCUAUUGGCUGGAGGUGCUAUCCAUCACAUGAUAUCUGAGAAUACAGGCUCUGAUCUCUUUGCUAGAACAGAUGUGCUUGGUCAGGAGAGGUAGAUUCCUUUCUCCAUGGAAAAAAACAUCACUUUUAGCUUUUUACUCCUCUUUUUAUGUGGAGGAUUUUCAGUCUCUGUGGACCAAAUGUUUGUAAGAAUGGAUGGAAGGCCUAAAACCAGACUGACCAGGGUCAAGGGAAACUGAAGAGUGCAGUUCACAUGCAUUUUCAGACCAAGAGCUGCCCCAAAGAAAUGACCGACAUUAUGAGGGUGGUGUGAAGCCAAAACAUAACUUAAAACAAGUAGCAAUUACACAGGCAUUUCCAUGGGAGCUUUGCUUGACUGUGGAAGUUGACCAUGAGGGUGGUCAGUUACAACUUGAGCAGAAAAGGACAAUCCGAAAGAGACUCUUGGAGGACAUUGCCGCACAGCCCUGUGAAUGUCACCGUUAAUGGAAGUCCCUGCAUUCUUUUCUGGGCCAGGAGAAUAAUGAUUAAAUUUAAAAAUCACACGAAGCUGGACUUGACAGAGAAGACAUUUGGCGUUCAUGCAACCGUGGAUGUUGGAGAUUCCAACUGCAGUGAAGACAGUGCAAUGCUUUCACUUAAGUUUGGUGACAUGGACAACCUCAAGGGGCUUGUUAUUAGAUUUUUAUUGACAAGCAGUUAUUACAAGCUGUCUGUUCAGAACUGGUUUAAUUUAUACAGAAUACAGCUGCUUUACAACCAUUCUGUGCAAGCGACAUUUAAUGCAACCAGAAUAUAUGCUCCAGCAAGUUAUUCCUAUCACUGUGAACAUGUGAGCAGCUUGCAGAGGUAUGAUGCACUCCUGAUUCCCAGCUCCGCAAAUGAUGUGUCCAGGCUCUGGGAAGUCACUUUUAUCGAUUUCCAGAUUCAAGGCUUUAACAUUGAAGGAGGACAGUUUGCUUAUGCCAAAGAUUGUGCAUCCUUUUUCUCACCAGCAAUUUUGAUGGGCUUGAUUAUGUCACUGAUUCUGCUUCUAGUCCUGGCCUAUGCUCUCCAUAUGUUGAUCCACCUGAAGUCUCUUGAUAGCCAUUGUGAAUGCAAAGCCUCUCCUGCCUAUUUUGUACAAGUGAAAGACAGUGACAUGGCAGAUGAAAAAGAACCACUGAGAAGCAAUGGAAAUGAGUCCUAUGAACUUAGAAGUCAACAGUUCUGUAAAGUCUAUAUUUAGAAGAGUGGUGUUUGUCUCAUUCAGGCUAUUGGUAUUUUCUUUCAGCAAUUCUGUCCUGUUUAGUUGUAUAGUAGCUAAAAGUGUUCACCAAAUGAUUUAUUUGAUCAAAGAAAAAAUAUAAUCAGACGGCUUGUUUAGCCAUUCUCUGGCUUAUUUCUUGAGAGCCAGUCAAAAGAUGUCUUGGAAAUCAGAAAAAUAGAAAAAUCUCCCAUGGGAGUGAGGGAAUGAACGUGGUGAGAGUCUGCUCUCAUAUUACAAAAACAAUUCAUUACAGCCACCUUACAAACACUGAACGAGGAACUGGUAACAGAACCUUAGGGUUAAAUAAAGAUUAAUAAUAUCUCCUAGCUCAUCCCCUCAAAGGGUGAUAUUUUUCCUUAUCCUGUAUUUUCUGUUGGUCUAUUCAGUCUGUAUUAAGUGUCCCUGGCAAAACAGCUCCCAUCCGUUCCUUAGAAAGUAUGUGCAACAGUAUAAAUAGAUUCCACAAUUAGAAGUCUUUGCUGAUUCUCAUCUUAAAUUUUCCUUGUCUUAAUUUUAUUCAGUUAUUCCUAGUUUUAUUCCCCUUGUGCCAUCAUAAAAAUCCUUCUCCUCUUUGUUUAUACUCUCCACAUACAUAAAGACCAUUUUAAUAUCAUCCCCUACCCCAGCGAAAUGGUGAUGGAUCUUUGGAACUGUGGCAUCUCAAAUGUUUUUCUAUGUUUUGACAUGAGACUUACUUUGUUGAGGUGGUGGUGGAGCUGUAGACAUCUGGCCAUAGGCUUUCCCAUACUUCACCUGCUGAGCUUUAAGCUAAAAGAGAGAUUAUGGGUUUUACAUGCUUUAAUUCUAGGCUAAUUUCUUUACAACUAAAUCCUGUCCGUCUCCCCUACAAGACAUGGAAGUCACAGCUACAUGGUGGUUCUAUACCUGAAAAUACAUAUAAAUUAUGUUGGCUGGAAGCCACCCAACAGUGCAAGGGGUAUUUAGAAACGAGACGUAAUUUUCACUUCUCCCUCCUGUGGGAGAUUAAGGUUUCAUCUUGUCAACAAUGCUAUCAAUUGGCAGUGCCAGGGUUAGAGGACCCAAAAUUAGUUUUAAUUUUGCUCUUGCUCCCAGCAAGAAGGAAGGUGGUAGUGAGCUACCCAUGUUGCUACUGGGCCAAAGUCAAUCCUGAAAGAAUAUUUUGGCAAAUCUUUUGCAAACCGAGAUUUAGUAAUCAACCCUCUUUUUAAUUUUAGAGAAAAGAAGCUAAUCAAUAGAAUAUGUUCUUUCUAAACUCUAGUUAAAGAUGGAGCUAUUUUAGGGUUCCUUGCACUCACGGAGAUAUGUCCUAAAUUCCUGUUGGGAGAGCAUUGCCGUCAGACGAUUCAUCAGGCCCAACAACACACAGACAUGCUGGUGAAGUCAUUCUGGAGCAAGUGGUUCACUGAGUGAGGCACUUCAAAAAGAUCCUUGUUGAACAAUAAGCAGGAGUAAGCAACAAGCUGCAGGGCACAUGAUAAAGCUGUCCUCUAGGCUAUGACAGCCAAAGCACACUCUCAUAGAUGAAGAUGAUCACGUCCCGUAAGACAAAAAUGUGGAUUUGCACAGUCAGUCUGAGUGUUGCAGUCAGAGCAUUUUGAGGGUGUCAUAUAAACAACAUUUUAGAAGAAUUAGGACAUUCCACAGCUCUGGUUCUAAAACAAGAAAACUUGAUCAAAAUUAAUUGGUUGCUUAAAAAUAGGCUGAACUGGCACAAAAUGCCAGUCUGCCCGUCCAACAUUUGCUUAAGAUCAGGUUUUAGUACCAUGAAGAACCAAUUUAUAUUUGUUACAACUAGGGAGACCAGAUGUCCCGAUUUUAUAGGGACAGUCCCGAUAUUUGGGGCGUUUCCUUAUAUGGGCUCCUAUUACCCCCCACCACCUCUCCCGAUUUUUCACACUUGCUAUCUGGUCAGCCUAGUUACAACAAAUACAUAUUAAUACUACCAUUCUUUGUUUCAAACAUGAUCUGCAGAACAUAUCAGGCGUAUUACUUGGUAUAGAGCAGUAAACAUAAAAACAUG